UUGGAAAAGCAAUUCUUGAGGUUAGGAGUGAUGACGAAGGUCCAAGCACAGAGGCACUUGUACGGCCCUGCAAUCAUUGAGGUCCUUGGGCAAAGAAGUCGCAAUGAAGUUCUUGCUGAAAUUUAUAUGACUAUCUUCUUUUCAAGGUUGCUGGAACAUUUGGAAAAACAAUUCUUGAGCUUGGGAGUGAUGACGAAGGUCCAAGCACAAAGGCACACGGAUGACCCUGUAAUUAUUGAGGUCCUUGGGCAAAGAAGUCGCAAUGAAGUUCUUGCUGAAAUUUAUAUGACUAUCUUCUUUUCAAGGUUGCUGGAACCUUUGGAAAAGCAAUUCUUGAGGUUGGGAGUGACGACGAAGGUCCAAGCACUGAGGCACAUGGAUGACCCUGCAAUUAUUGAGGUCCUUGGCCAAAGAAGUAGUGAUAUUAACUUGACUUUGCAUCAGUUAUGUGGUAUUUCUUUCUAUUGUGUUUUGUUUUCUUGUUGUCACAUUACUAUUUUGCACAAUGAAUUUAAUGUUGCUGUUGAACAUAAACGUAUCUCAUAUUUUUUAUGUUUGGCGGCACUGCAUGUAUGGAAGACUAUCUACUUUUCAAGGUUGCUGUAACCUUUGGAAAAGCAAUUCUUGAGCUUUGGAGUGAUGACGAAGGUCCAAGCACAGAGGCACAUGGAUGACCCUGCAAUUAUUGAGGUCCUUGGGCAAAGAAGUCGCAAUGAAGGUCUUGCUGAAAUUUAU